UUCUCUAGCUACCUCACAUCUAUGUUGUGACUCGUGCAUAAAUAUUUGCACACACACACACACAUAGUUCAAUUCAAGCAUUACAUCCACGUCUUCAAGAAAAUGGCUUCUCUCGUGUUAUUAACAUUUUCACUCCUUUUUGCAACUUUCUCUUCUCCUCUUGUAGAUGCUUUUAAUUAUAGUAAUGAUUCCACUUUCGCCGCGCCAGCACCAAAUCCUAUUGAUGCUUUUAAUUAUAGUGAUGGUAAUUACACCCUCGGGGCAGCACUAAAUCCUAUUGAUGCUUGCUGGCGAAGAGACGCUAAAUGGUCGACUAACCGUCAAGCCCUGGCCAGAUGCGCGGUAGGGUUCGGCAAAGGCGCGUUAGGGGGCAGCAAAGGGCCUAUCUACGUGGUUACAAGCCCAGCAGAUGACGCUGGAAAGCCUAAACCCGGAACCUUAAGGUUUGGGGCGACCCAAUCUAAUCCACUAUGGAUCACAUUCGCACGUGACAUGGUCAUAAGGUUGAGAACCGAGCUCGAAGUGAAGAGCCACAAGACGAUAGACGGGAGAGGAGUAAAAGUUGAUAUUGGUAACGGACCAUGCAUUUCGAUCAAACGUGCGAGCAAUGUCAUAAUACAUGGGAUAACUGUCCAUGAUUGUAGAUUGAGCAAAGGGUUUGACGGUGACGGAAUCCGCGUGUUUCAAUCUAGAAAUGUUUGGAUCGAUCAUUGUCACUUAUCUCGGUGUCAAGAUGGUUUGAUCGAUGUGGUUACAUCUUCUACGGCUGUCACUAUUUCUAACAAUCGUUUGAUAAAUCACCAGAAAGCAAUGUUGCUCGGACAUUCUGACAACCAUAUGGCUGAUAAGAAUAUGAAAGUUACAGUUGCAUUUAAUGUAUUUGGACCGGGUCUCACUGAGAGAAUGCCUAGGGUAAGAAGAGGGUAUGCGCAUGUAGCAAACAAUAUGUACAACAAAUGGAAUCUGUAUGCGAUUGGAGGAAGUGCUGAUCCUACUAUCUUUAGUGAAUCCAACCACUUCGUCGCUCCUGACAGAAAAGAACACAAAGAGGUGACAAAGAGAAUGGAUAAAAGUCCUGCCGCAAAAAAUUGGAAAUGGAGUACGAAUAAGGACGUUUUCAUCAAUGGAGCUUUCUUCACGCCGUCUGGUGGACCGGGCGUUCCGCCGCCGUACGCAGCUGGAGAGCGGUUUCCAGUGGCCCCGGGGGCUCAAGUCCCUGCUCUUACUGCCUCGGCCGGUCCUCUCCGUUGCGCACCCGGCAGGGCUUGCUAAUCAACUGAUCACCUUGAAUCAAAGUCCUCCUUAUAUAUAUAUAUGCGUGUGUCAUAUAAUAUUUCAGGUCAAGUUAUUUAUUUGUAUGUAUCCUGAACUUAAUUAGCGUUGUUAAAAAAUACCAAAUAAACCAACCUUGUAGUAUAAAUCAAUUGUAUGGAAAGAUAAUAAUGACUCUUUGGAUACUUAGAAGGACUAUGCUUGUUCUGAUGUCAUUUUCAUGCGUUUGGUUUGAGAAUUUCCAGUUCUUGAAUUAAGCAUAAAAGAUUUUGUCGUCCUUUCAUUGGUGCUUCUGACUCAACCAUCUUCUUCAGCUUCUCUAGAGUUGAAAUGAGAAAAUGACUUAUUUCAUCAAAACCGUAAUCCAAUUCAAUUCAUCAAUGGCCUUUGGAUGUUUUUGCUUUUUCAGUGUCAUGCAUUUUUGAAAGACUUCCAUAGAGCUCUAAAUCUACAUCAGUAAUAUCUGUUAACAGUACGCUAAAUCUUAAAAGUCGCAACUAAUAAAACAAUGGUCUCAUGAAGGUUCAGAACCACAAUUUUAAUUACAUAUAGAUUCAAUUUAAAUUUUGAGAGCAUUGUACAUUUAAAACGAUGAACCCAUAGAUCUAGGCGAAAAAAAAAAAUCUACUGCCCAUUUUGACAUUCUUCUUGUUACCGACCGCUACGGUUAAAAUUCUCACACUCCUGUUUUGGUCCUGUUCUAAACAUUCCGUGAAUCUUUGAGCGAGAUUGUUGUUAAUUUUGUUGUUCUUGAUCUUGUGAUCCUCCUCUUGUCUAAUUCCAAGAGCUGCUUGCCUCUUUUUCCUGCGCUUGAUCCCACACACGCAAAAGGUACAAUGACUGCAAUAACAAACUUUUAUCAGAAAAGUGAAGCUAAUCACCAUUUAACCUUUUCCUACUUUAAAAACCCCCAAGACCUCAUAAUUACAAGGGAACCACGAUCAACUAAGUGUUUGCAAAUUUUUAUCUGAUCCGUCAGUAACAACUAACAACUAAUAACACUCCAGACAUAGAAUCAGCGAAACUACAAAACAGUAACAUAAGGAGCAACAAGCUAUUAUAUUCUUUGGCUCUUUAACCCAUAUUUAAGUGUUCACAAAUCACAAGAGCUUUACACUAUCCUAGAUGAUGUGAUCACAAUUAUAAAGCAAAACUUAUCCUGCAACAGAGCUAAGAACACAAGAUCAACCCCCACAUUUAAGUAGCCUUAUUUUCUUACGACAGAAAACCACAAAUCAUUGUUAGUUUUACUUGAUCAGGAUCAUAAUCUUACCUUAGGAGUAUGAGAGUUAUUGGUUUGAAUCCACCUGGCGAUUGCGGCUGCAUCAUUACCACCAGGUGGUCAAUGUCUCGGCUUCCUCUUUCAAUCCUUCUAGACCCACCUUGAAUAUCAAAAGUGCUCUCAUUGCUCCACGUUCCUGAAGCACGCAACCAAGCAUUUGUCCCACACAGUUAUGAAGUCGCGAGGUUAAACGGCCCGUUAGAUAGACUGAUGCCGUGAUUAUUAAACCGGUGAAAACCAACUUCGAUAGCCGAAUGAAAUUCAUUUAAAUUUAGUGAUAGAAAACGACGUCGUUAGUUGAACAGAAAAAAAAAAGAAACGACGUCAUACACGGAAUAUUAGUACACUUUACAAGUUGUAAUUUGGUAAUUAAUGUUGCAUGUAAUAUACACCAAUUUCACUCACUGUGAGGGGGACAGAAAAGGUGAUCUUUUACGAAUUUUGUAAUUUUUUUGUCUUCUUUUUGUUUUACCAUAGUUAGUUUUUCGAAUCAAAACCAUAGUUAGUUAAAUACAUGUAUUCAAAUUGACUAGUUACUUUGGAUUAUAAAUGUUACGGGACCACAACUUCAAACAAUUCAACACAAACCAAAUGACAGAUUGUUGUAUUGUAUUUUAUGCUAAGAAAGAUUUCAAGUUUUCUUGCAGCACAUUACUAAGAAAAGGGAUCAAAAGUAUUACUCGACUUAACAGAGCUUGAAAUCAAAAGGAAUAAUUGAAAAAAAAAGGAGCAGAUAAUCAGUAUCCGAAUGAAAUCCAUCUAGUGAUAGAAAGGACGCCGUAUAUUAGUACAAUUUACAAGUUGUAACUUGUUAAUUAAGCAUGCAUGUAGGGGUAGUAUAGACCAAUUUUACUCACUGUGAGGGGACAGAAAAUGAGAUCUUUUACCAUCUCAGGGUUUUGUAACUUUUUUUGUCUUUUUUUUGUUUUACCAUAGUGUUUUUUUGUAUCCAUAGCUAUACUUCCAUGAAUCACACUCGAGUAUUAUAUACCUGAUAGUUUCUUCGAAAGUAGAUGUCUUAUAUAAACAAACGAUCUUCACAAAUGUGUUACAAAUAUACAACGAACUGUUUCGAUUACGAGUUCCACAUGACUGCUACUAUGUCAGUACAAAGAACUUCAAUCAACAGUUCAUCAAUAAGUUGCAGAAGACAUUAGAUAAAAAUGUUGACAAAGGACAGAAAAAGAAAAAAGAAAAACAAAAUAUAAAAUUGACAAAUUAGAAACGCAAAAACACAAUCCCCAAUU